AAAAACGCAACAGUUCUGGAACUUCCACCAGCUAUAAAAUAGCAUUUAGGUUAGGGUUUUUGAAACCCAACUUGGUAAAAAAAAAAAGAAAACUAAAACCAAAGGCGCACAAUAGUAAUUGGCUAGCUACCUGUUGCUACAGUAGCAGCUAAACUUAAAGGGCCUUCUUCUCUUUCAUACUAUCCUCCCACUUCUUUAAAAACAGACAUAAUUCGUUGGAGAGAAACAAAGCGAGAGAGAGACAGAGUUAAAGGAUGGUGACAGAAUCGUAUGGUGGCGGUGGUGGUGGAAACAACAUUAAGCCUGCAUGGCUUGAGCGUUUAAUGGCCGAGACAUUCUUUGGCGGGUGCGGGGUCCACCACAGCCGCCGGAAAAACGAGAAGAACGUCUUCUGUUUGCACUGCUGCCUUAGUAUUUGCCCCCACUGCCUCUCUUCUCACCGCCUCCAUCCUCUCCUGCAGGUUAGACGAUAUGUGUACCAUGAUGUGGUUCGAUUGGGUGAUCUUGAAAAGCUGAUUGACUGUUCCUAUACCCAGCCCUAUACAAUUAACGGUGCCAAAGUGAUAUUCUUGAAUCAGAGGCCACAGACACAGUCUAGGACUUGCAAGCAGGGCUCUGCCAACAUCUGCCUCACUUGCGACAGGAUUCUCCAAGAGCCAUUCCACUUUUGUUCUCUCUCUUGCAAGGUUGAUCAUCUGGUGUACCAAGGGCAAGAUUUAUCUGGUAUACUCUACCGAUUUGAUGCGUCCGACUUCACCAUCUCUCAGUUCGAAGGAUUACGCAUGGACGGCUUGGAGAUGACCGAGGAUGAUGGCCACAUGAUGCCUAGCUCCACCGUAGAAGACCCUCAGCAAUACAGAGCUUCGUCAUGCUCCAAUGAAGCAACCAGUGAUUCGGUAAUGUCGCAAGAAACAGAGGUUAUCAAGAAGAAGAAGAAGAAAAGCAGUGGAUUCCUCCCUGGGAUUGUCCUCUCCCUUAGCAGCAGGAGAAAGGGUGCUCCUCAGAGAGCUCCUCUUUCUUAGAAUGAGACAUUUGGGAAAAAAUAAAUAAAUCGUAGGGUUAAGGUUAUUGGUAUCAUAUGAAAUAUGUUAUAUUAGGUACUAAUACUAAGGUUGGUCGGGCCACGGUUAAUAUUUAGAUCAAUUUGUGUAAUUUUCUGGCAUGGAUAUUGUCUGUAUUGACCUUGCAUGGGGCAUUUCCAUUACUGACUUUAGGUGGAUGUAGAGAGAGUGAACCACAUUGAAGGGUUUAGGCUCUCAUCAUCUCCACCAAUUUUGUAUCUAAGAAGGUAAUGGAGCUUUGCGAGUACAUACUAUAAUAUUUGUUUUCGUUCAAUUAUUUAAGCUACUAUAGCUACCAUCUUGAUUA